AUGGUUCUUGUGGGACCAUCGGAUCGCUGGCGAGCGACGUCUCCAUGUCGCUGGUGAGCUUCCUAAUUGGGCGCAUGGCAGACGCCUUUGGGGAGGCUGCAGACAUCCAUGAAGUCAUCCGUAGGGUCUCCAAGGUGGGCAAGGAAGCCAUUCCCGCAGCUGAUGAUCCUCUCUUUCUUAGCGCCUCACCGUUCAAUUUGUCCGCAGGUCUCUCUGCACUUUGUUUACCUGGCUAUCGACGCCGGCAUCGAGUCAUUUCUUCGUAAGCUCCCUCCCUUCCUGAAUCUUCUCCGUCCGUCCGGCAGCGGAGGUGGUGACAAUGUUUCUUUCUUCUUCUUCUUCUUCGGGGUCUGUCUGUGGCAGACGUGACCUGCUGGAUGGUCACCGGUGAGAGGCAGGCGGCGAGGAUCAGGAAUCUGUACUUGAAGAGCAUCCUGAGGCUCCUGCCUCAGGAGACGUGCACGGGGGAAGUCAUGGGCAGGAUGUCCGGAGACACCGUCGUCAUCCAAGACGCCAUGCGCGAGAAGGGGGAGUUUAUGGUCAAUGAUAAAUCUUCUUCCUCUUCUUCUUCUUCUUCUUCUUCUUCUUCUUCUACAUGGUUCUUGUUCUUCUUCUUCUGCGCUGAAAGAUUCCCGUCGUUCAUCCUUUGCUUUCCAGGUGAGCAAGUUCAUCCAUCUGGUGUCAACUUUUAUCGGGGGAUUCGUCACAGCGUUCGCCAGGCCUGGCUCCUCGCCCUCGUCAUGCUGUCCACCAUCCCCCCUCUUUGUGGCCGGCGCCGCCAUGUCCACGCUCUUCGUAAGGAUGACCUCUCGCGGACAGACGGCCUACGCGGAGACGUCGGUGAUCGUCUAGCAGACGAUCGGCAUCAUAAGAACGGUGAGUAGCGCCACCGCCACCCACUGCAGCGCCAUGAUAACAAGGUGGACAGAUAGAUCUUCUUACUUCUUCCUUAUCACCGGGUGUGGUCUGCGCGCAGGUGGCCUCAUUCACAGGAGAUAAUCUGGCCCUGGAGAAGUACGCUAAGUCGUUCAGGGCUUCCUACAAGGCGAGUUGCCAGGAGACCCUUGCCGCCGCCGCCGGCAUCGGCACCGUCCUUGGCAUCAUAAUCUUCGGCUUCGCCCUGGGCAUAUGGUACGGGAGUAGGCUGAUACUGGACAAGGGCUACUCCGGCGGAGACGUCCUCAGCGUCAUCCUCUCCAUCUUGUUCGCCUCCUUGUGAGCCCCCCUCCAGCCGCCGCCGCUCGGUUUACUUUCUCCUUCCUGCAUUCCCCCCUGCUCAAACCGCCCGGUUUUCUCUGUCCGCCGGCCGGAAACGCAGAUCACUGGGGCAGACGUCGCCGUGCAUAAGCGCGUUCGCGGCGGGCAAGGCGGCGGGGUUCAAGAUGUUCGAGACGAUCGAGAGGAAGCCAGAGAUCGAUGCAUACGACGAAGGCGGGAGGACCUCCGGGGGGACGCCGAGUUGAGGGACCCGCACUUCAGCUACCCUGCACGGCCGGAGGAGCCCGUCUUCACCGGCCUCUCGCUCGUCAUACCGACCGGAACGGCAACCGCCCUGGUCGGGCAGAGUGGCAGCGGGAAGUCGACAGUGAUCAGCCUCAUCGAGUGAUUCUACGACCCGUAGUCCGGUGCGGUACUCAUCGACGGCGUUGACCUCCGGGUCUUGCAUCUGCGGUGGAUCCGCGGGAAGAUCUGCCUGGUGGUCAGGAGCCCGCGCUAUUCGCCGCCAGCAUCCGGGACAACAUCGCCUACGGCAACGACGGGGCCACCGUCGAGGAAGUCCGCGCCGCCUCAGAGCUCGCCAACGCCACCAAGUUCCUCGACAAGAUUCCCCAGGUCCUUCCUCCCCCCUCCGAUCCUCCUCAAUCUUCGCGGACGCCAGCGGGGCUGACUUCUUCUUUUUCUUCUUCUUCUUCUUCUUCUGCAGGGGCUGGAGACGAUGGUAGGGGAGCGCGGGACGCAGCUGUCCGGGGGGGGAGAAGCAGCGUGUGGCCAUCGCCAGGGCGAUCCUGAAGAAUCCGUGCAUCCUCCUCCCCGACGAGGCGACGAGUGCGCUCGACGCAGAGUCGGAGCACAUCGUGGAGGAGGCGCUGGACCGGGUCAUGAAAGACCGCACCACCGUCAUCGUCGCUCACCUCCUCAGCACCGUCAGGAACGCCCGCAACAUCGCCGUAGUCCAGCGGGGGCGCAUCGUCUUCUCCGAUACCUGCAAGUACCUGGUUUCGCCGUCGACGGCGCCGGAGUCUGACGGUGGUCGCCGCCUCUGCGCAGGAUCGCACGAGGAGCUGCUCAGGGACCCGGAGGGAGCGUACUGCCAGCUCAUCCACCUGCAGGAGGCGGCGAAACAGGAGUCGUAGCCGAUCAGAGGAGCACGUCGUCGAUGGAGAUCCGCCGGCAGUUGAGCCAGAUCCGACGCUCCAUCAACCCCGGAUCCUCGAUGGGAAACAGCAGCCGCCACUCCUCGGUGGCCUUUGUCAUGUCAGCGGAGAUCGGCAUCUAUGACGAUGAGGUGGCUCCAGGGAUGGAGGAGUCGCCGGCGGAGCUCGAGGGCGAGCUGUCGUGGGCCGCCCGCGAGCCGCCGUCCGUCUCCCGCCUUGCUGCCAUGAACAAGCCGGAGAUCCCGGUGCUUCUGCUGGGGGCAGUCACCGCGGCGGUGGGCGGCGUCAUCAUGCCGGUGUUCGGCCUUGUGCUGUACAGAACAACCGAGACGUUGUACAAGCCGGCGGCCGAGCUGAAGAAGGGCACGAGGUUCUUCGCUCUGAUCUCACUGCACUCGGGCUAGUCUCCUUGGUCUCAUACCAAGCGAGGAGCUACUUCUUCGCGGUGGCGGGUGCUCGGCUGGUCAAGAGGAUCAGGAUGAGGACCUUCGAUACAAUUAGAAACUACAAGUACUGAUGUGUUGGGGUUACAUCUGAAUCCUGAGCAUAGAGAGAAUUCUCAUACAAUGUCCGUGGCAUAAAAGGUUCUCUUUGAACAAGCACGAGCUUAGAAAUCUCUAGAUCUCCUUGAACAAGAAUGUUGUGCAAGAGGAGGGUCUUAAUCGCAGAAAAUUGCAGAUAAUUAACUUCAUGUCGUCCAAGGCAAUAUUCUUGACAACCAUUUCUUCGUCGGUAAAUUACAGAUGAUUGAUUUCAUCGAUAUUCCGCAAUAAUCCAUUACUAGCAUCGAUUCUUGCCCACAUAUAAGAGACUGAAAUAAGUUCUCUAAUGCGAAUAUUAAGUGAAAACAUACAUGUUAAUGAGUAUCAGAAUUAGGGAAAACAUGCAUGUUAAUACCCCGCAAAAACUUUCCAAUUUAACAUAAAAAUAAUUCUAUUUAUAAUGAGUCUUGUACAAUCAACAAAAACUGCGUUAACUCAUGAUCGAUAUGUCAUUGGCUUACGAGAGACAAUAGGACUAUCAUCUACAUACAAUCUUACAGAUAUCAUUGGCUUACAAGCAGGUUAUAGAUACCUAUAA